AUCGUGACAACGGCGAUGAAGGGCUUGAUCCUGGUCGGAGGGUUUGGCACUCGGCUGCGGCCGCUGACGCUGUCGUACCCGACGCCGCUCGUAGACUUUUGCAACAAACCUCUGGUGCGCCAUCAGAUAGAAGCGCUUGCGUCCGUCGGCGUCGACGAAGUCAUUUUGGCCAUCAACUACCAACCCACAGCGAUGCUGGCUGCGCUGGCGACCAUGUCGAGAGAAAUCGGCAUUCGCAUCGCGUGCUCCCACGAGACCGAGCCGCUGGGAACGGCUGGGCCGUUGGCGCUCGCCCGAGCACACUUGGAAAGGCACCCCGACGACCCGUUCUUCGUCAUCAACAGCGACGUUAUGGCAGACAUGACAGUGCUGCCGGAAGCACUGGCGUUUCACCAAAGCCACGGAGGAGAGGGCACGAUUCUCAUCAAAAAGGUCGAAGAGCCGAGCGAAUAUGGCGUGGUUAUCACAGACCCCGAGGGCUCUGGUCGUGUGGACCGGUUCAUCGAGAAGCCUCGGGAAUACGUUGGCAACCACGUCAACGCUGGCAUUUACAUCUUGAACCGAGACGUCUUGGACCGUAUUGACCUGCGGCCGACGUCCAUGGAACAAGAGAUUUUUCCGCAGAUGGCGGCUGAAGGCAACUUGUUUGCGCUGCUCCUCCCUGGGUACUGGCAGGACGUGGGGGAGCCCAAAAACUUUUUGUCGGGGAUGUGCCGGCACUUGCAAUUCCUUAACUCGCACAGCUUGCUGCGACCACGACCUGGGACGGUUGGACAUGUGCUGGUGGAUCCAACCGCCGUGAUCGGGGAAGGUUGCUUGAUUGGGCCCGAUGUCGUGAUCGGAGCGGGGUGCGUCAUCGAAGAAGGCGUUCGGCUGAGCCGCACGACGUUGCUGCGCGACGUGACGGUUCGCUCGCACACGUGGAUUCAUAACAGUAUCAUUGGGUGGGGCUCCACCAUCGGCCGAUGGGUACAGUCCCAACGUGCGGUCGUCGACGCUUUGAUCAGUGGGUAGUGCCGCGUCGAAGGGCUGACUGUACUUGGCGAAGACGUCCAAGUGAAAGAUGAACGGUUUCUCAAUGGCGGCCUCGUCCUGCCGCACAAAGCGAUCUCGACCAACAUCCCCGAGCCAGGCACGAUCGUCAUGUAAUGCUGCCGUCGCGCGCGGCAACCAGUCGAGUAGUGUAUGGAUUCCUAAGCACGAAAAGCGACUGUGCACGAAUUUCGACG